AUGGCCGACCCCAACGCCCCAGUAACUAUCAGAACACGAAAAUUCUUGUCAAACCGUCUCUUGCAGCGGAGACAGUUUGUCAUCGAAGUCUUGCACCCUGGACGCGCAAACGUCUCCAAGGACGAGCUCGCAGAGCGACUAGCAAAGACGUACCAGACCGACAAGGCCCGUGUAGUCACCUAUGGCUUCCGAACAAUCUUUGGUGGUGGACGAUCGACUGGCUUUGGGCUCAUCUACGACAACGAAGAGGUGCAGAGAAAGUUUGAGCCCAAGUACAGACUGAUCAGAGCCGGUCUUAUGCCAAAGGUCGAAAAGGCGUCGAGGAAGCUGCGUCACGAGCGCAAGAAUCGUGCGAAAAAGGUCCGUGGCACCAAAAAGGCCAAGGCGGCAGAGCCAGCAAAGAAAAAGUAG